AUGUCUCAGAUCUUUCUGUUGACUGCUUGGAGCGAGUUUGAAAUACUACAUGGUUUAAGAAAGUUUGCGUGUUUGCUUUGAUGUCUUUGAUGUACAGAAGUCUUGCGUUGGAAAAGUCUCGCGGAGGUGGAAUGUAUCAUUUUUUCGUUCCGAAGGCACCAGUAGCCAUAGAAUGAAGUGAAUGAAGAAGUGAACGGCAGGAAGUGGCAGCGAAGGCAGCUCCACACCUUUCCGGUGUAUCAGCGCCGCGACCAGAUCGGCUUUAAGACUGCUACUGGGAGAAUUAAUCGAAAGUCGGGGCCAAAACUGAGGGGGGCGAGACGUGGACUUUCCUGGUUGAGUGCAUGUGUUGCUGAGUCACCGAGGACUUGCUUGUCGUGGACCUUCGUAACCGGGAAGGUGAAGUUAACUGACGCAAAGCUUUGGCUGGUAUUGCGUUAGCCGCAGAAAGCUGCUUUUCUUACCCGGUAGUGCUGACAGAGAGCCGGGGUGCAGCCGGUCAAGGGGCGCGUCACACGUCGCCCGAGGGACUUCACUGCGGCGUUUAGAGAUACAACAUCUCCUUUUUGUACACCACAGGCUGUUGCGGAAAACCACCCUUUGGCUGAUUCGUGCCCAAGAAUGCCCAUCGUGCAACAGCUGCUGCCAAGUUUGUAGAGUAACGAGGCAUGGUGUGAAAAGGCCCCGCUGACACACUGUGCUCCUUUGAAUGUACACGUCCAUGCGCCUGACAGCAUAGCAAGCAAGCUCUUGUAGUUAGACUCACCAUGAGAGUGUAUUUCUAACGUUGCUACUGGGAGUCAUGCUUUCACCAAAAAGCCUGUAAUUGAACUGAAGCUUCUCUAUAAUAAGCAGAGUGCCCCUGCCUGAUUUUGUCAUUACCAGCAAGGUAUAUAUGCAGAAGAGUUGAAAAUGGGAAAAGUGCUCUCGAAGAUAUUUGGCAACAAGGAGAUGAGAAUAUUAAUGCUUGGACUUGAUGCCGCCGGAAAGACAACAAUUCUCUACAAACUGAAACUGGGACAGUCCGUCACCACGAUCCCCACAGUGGGCUUCAACGUGGAGACUGUCACCUACAAAAAUGUCAAAUUCAACGUGUGGGAUGUCGGCGGCCAAGAUAAGAUUCGCCCCCUGUGGCGACACUACUACACGGGCACCCAGGGGCUCAUCUUUGUUGUGGAUUGCGCAGACAGGGAUCGCAUCGAUGAGGCGCGGCAGGAACUCCACCGAAUCAUCAAUGACAGGGAGAUGAGGGAUGCCAUCAUCCUGAUAUUCGCCAAUAAGCAAGACCUUCCCGAUGCCAUGAAGCCACACGAAAUUCAAGAGAAGCUCGGAUUGACACGCAUCCGAGAUAGGAAUUGGUAUGUUCAACCCUCGUGUGCGACCACGGGUGAUGGACUCUAUGAGGGCCUGACAUGGCUAACCUCUAAUUACAAAUCUUAAUGAUUGAGUGCUGACUGUUUUAGGUCAAAACUAUAAUAAAGUUGCAAAGAACCUCUCCAAUGAGUAUGGUUAAGUACAAAUUGAUUAGCCUCAUUUAUUUUUUAAUACUGCAAUUACCCCAUGACUAAUUUAUCUGCAGAUUGGAGUGCUGGUUUAAAUAAAUGCUUGUCAUGUGUAGCAGACAACUAGCUCAACAUUUUAGGACUUGCUUAUUGAAUAUUCAACGAAUUGGUUCGAUUGUGGAAGCCACAAACAGUUCACCACCUUUGCCUGUUGUUUUUCCUGUUUUCUAUGAUUUUUCUAAUGACGCUGAAUUUCUCUGCAUUCUUCGGCUGGGGUUCUUUAAUUUUUGCUUGCUUUCUGUUAAAGGAGAUCUUGAAUGCUUAUGGACCUUGACCCAGUACUAUGGUGAAUAGUACUUGUUUGAAAGGUAUUGGUUGCCGCAAAUGAGAGUGUAUCACCAUUGCCAUCUGUCUUGACUUGAGAGAAGAAAUACUUCACAUUUCAUUAGCCCUCUCACUCAAUUCCCUCAUGUGGGCUAUAUAGUAAACUGAUGUCUCAUGUCUUGAUACCUAAAUGUGCUGAGUAUUCAACAAAUGGGCCUCCAAAUACUCUUAACAUGCUUGUUGGGAUGUUUUUUAUUUCUUUCUUCUUAGUUUUGGGGGAGGAAACACACACCCUCUCCAAGGGAAUGUCCUUCAGCUCCGAGUUCUCUCAAUCUGAUAUUGAUUAGUCUCAGUAUUGGGAAUUAAUAUAAUAGCCUGUAUCUGUAGCAUGAAGUGCAGCAAACCUCCACCAGGGACCUUCUGUCAUGCGGUCAAAAGUGUGCUGCUGCUCCUGUUUUGAUCAGGGUGGGGCGAGGGAUCCAUGUACAGACCUUGUCAUUGUAAUGUCUUAUUAAAAAAAGUGAUUUCAAAUCCA